AACGUAAACAUAAACCAGAGAAACUGUCAGUGAAGUGCGAAAGUGUCGAAUAUUAUCUCAUAACUUCUUGUUAUUAAAUACGAUUUUUACUAAGUGAAACCAGUAAAUAUAAGUUGCAAGAUGUCAGGAGAGAAGAAAAAAGCUCUUUUUAUUUGUUUGGGUAAUAUUUGUAGAUCACCUAUAGCAGAAGGAGUAUUCCAGAAAACUGUAAAUGAUAUGAAUCUAAGUGAUCAGUGGGAAAUAGACAGUGCUGCUAUAGGAAGCUGGCAUGUUGGCAAUUCACCUGACUGGAGAGCUUUAGACACUAUGAAAAAGCAUGAUGUUCCUUAUGAUAAUCAUGCAAGACAGAUAAUAUCAGAAGACUUUAACCAUUAUGAUUUCAUAUUUGGUAUGGACGAAGAAAACAUGAGGGAUCUUAAAAAACGGGCUCCAAAAGGAAGCAAGGCUAAACUUCUGAUGUUUGGUGACUUUGACCCUCAGGGUGACAGGAUUAUAAGGGACCCAUAUUAUGACAGUGAUGCCAAAGGUUUUGAAAAGUGCUACCAGCAAUCUGUAAGGUGUUCCAAAGGGUUUUUAGAAAAAGUUGACACCUUGUAAUUUAAUUUUGAGUUAUAAUAUUUUUUUAACUGUUGAAAAUAAAUCAAUUUAAAAUUAAAUUAAA